AUGAAACGGUUGUCCUUUACGUGGACUCUCCAUCAGCCCCGUAAGUCGCGCCUGGAAGUGAACAGCUUCGCCCGCGAAGGUGCCGCGUCCAGCGGCGGCCGCUCCUCUCGGAGGGGCCCGGUCCGAGCCCGCUCGCCGCGCAGCGGCCGGGGGCGCACCCACUGCGACCCCGCGCCCGGCCGCACGCCCCCUUCCCGCUCGGGCCGGCCCCGGGCCAGGCCUACACCCCCGCUUCAAACGCUCUUGCGGCCCCGGGCCGUGGUCGCCCCCACGCCGCCUCCCGAAAGGGUAACCGGUACGCCCGGGAAGGCAGAGCCGGCGGGGCAAGAGCACGGCGCCCGGGACCGGGAGUCGGGACACCCCGCGGAGCGUCCAUGCGGCCGGGCGGGAGGGCGCCCCGAGCCCCGCACCCUCCCGCCUGCACACCCCGCGCGGCCCGCCGAGGCCACUUACUUUUGGGGCCGCCGACCUCCCAAUUCCCUCAGAGGGAAACGAAAGUUGUCACGGCGUCUCCCCUCGGGCCCCCCUCGCCUCCCGGGCUUGAGAGGCGCCGCCACGGAGCCGAGAGGGCGGCUGCGCUCCCGCUCGCGUCCCGUCCCGUCGCUCUCCUCCUCCUCUUCUUUUCACUAUAUUAUCUUCUCCUUCUCUGAGGGGUGGGUGGGGGCGGGAGGCUUAGGAAGAGCGGAGACGCUUGCAACUUUCUUCACUCUUUCUCUUCCACCCUCCCCCCAGUCAGCCUUCAAAAAAAAUGUCGAAAGGGAUGAAGAACUUAGGGAGAUGACAUUAUGCACUUUGGAAAACGAGAGACCUGAGGUGGUGACAAACCAGGACUUGGAAUUACUGAAUAGGACAAUGGGAGCUUUAUUUCAAUGUUCUUUGAGCGUUUAAGCAUGAAGCUGCUUCUACUGAGAAGUACUCACGUGGAUAUCACAUAACAAAGAUGUGAUUAAUGACGGAAAAGCACCCUGCGAGUGGACUGCUCCAUGAGCCAGAAUUUAUGUGUAGGAAUAAUCUAAGUCUUAAAAUAUUCCGUUUGCAAUGUGCCUGAUUGGGACAGUGGCCCCUAAAGACACAGUUGCGGGAUAUCCAUAUGCACCCUGCCUAAAGCACUUUUUUUUCAUUGGCAAAAGAACUGAGAAGCGGGUUUGGGUGGGUUAGAAAGAUAAUACACCCCUUUUGCUACUUUUCUGCCUUUAAAUCCUGCAGCUAAAGGGCAUUCCUUAUGAUUGGUAAUCAUUGAAGAUUAGUGUUGCCGGGUAAGGUUCUGUCUUUUAUAGGAGGGAGAAAAGCGCAUUUGAAGAUGGGAGGCAUUGCCAGCACCUCUGGCAGUAGGUAAAGCCUGAAGGCCACAAUGCAGAAGCAACUUUGAGCCGAUGCCUGGCCUCCUGAAGACUUCUGCUAGGGGAAGCAAAUCUCUCCCACUGCUUCCUGUCCUCUGGUGGCCAGGAGGUGUUACUGCAGCUUCCUUGGGAUUAUCUGUGCUCUACCAGGAAACCCCUAAAAAUCUACUAACUGUAGACCUUUGUUGGAGGUGUUGGGAUUUUUAGGAAGGAGGGAGAAGAUAAUCCUUUUACUAGUGGUACAGAGCAUGGAUCUUGCCUGGAGAAAAGAUUCGUGAGAAUUGAUGAUAUCCCCUUUGCAUGCCAUAAUGCCAGUAACCUUGCUUUAACUGACAUGGCUUGAAAUCUUUCUCCCCUUUCCUCCUCAUUACAAUUAAAUUUGUGUAAUGUAUACAUGUGGUGCCAUCAUAGCUAUCAUGGAAGCCUCUCAGAGUAUUUCAUCUAUUUCUGGAAACAAGACAUAGAUUAAAGUUAAUUAAAAGCAAAAUCAAUGA